GUUGGGUCCUGUAGGGCUUACAUACGGCAAUUGCCCUACCUUGUAUACCUUGUAUACCUUGUAUACCUUGUAUACUUAGAUAUACCAUGAGUGAACACAGAGACCAUGAGUCGCUCCACAGCGCUCCCACUCAACCCUUCCCGCUCGCCCACCCGCCCCCGAAAUCGCGCCAAGGUCUCCGCCUCACAUCACGCCUCCUGCUCCAAAUCCAGCAGCUCUCAAUGACAUCCUCGACCGCCGCUCCCCGCGCCAUCCCAAUCCUCGACCUCUACCAGCCCUCGCGACUGGGGAAAUCCAUCGCCAAUGGCCGAAAGCUACACUCGCGAGACAUGUACCUCACCCAAAGCGAAUCCUAUACCCAUCUGGACAAACGCCAGAACCACCACCACCACCCUUCCAAACUAAACAGCACCAUCACCACCAGCGCACAGCUCAGACCCCCUACAAGCUCGAAAUCUUCGCGCUCGCGUUCUCGCUCGCGCUCUCGCUCCCGUUCGAAUACAUCGACAUCUAACCCUACAAACGAAAUCCACCCCCCCCAGGAAAGUAUCCCCGCGAACAACGUCGUCGCCGCAAUCUACACCUGUCCCUCCGCUGCUGGCAGCGCCGAAGAAACCUCCUCCUCCUCCUCCUCCUCCUCCUCCUCCUCCUCCACGGGCCGCACAGCAGAACUUUACUUCCCGACCUCUCAAACCACCUGGGAAGCCACCAUCUCCCCGCGCGGCCGGUACAGAUUCCAGCGCAAGGACAAAGACAAAGCACAGCCUCUCGUGCUGGAGUGGGAGAAGCGACGGCCGCGCUCGGCGGGGUCGGGCUCGGGCUCGGGCUGCUCGGGAUCUAGCAGCGAUGGGUCCGGUGAGGAAUUCAGGAACGAAGAGCGGUUUGUGUUGGGGAUUGCGGAUCCCCAGGUGCUCCGGAGGCCCUGGGUGGCGCAGUUGACUAGGAGAGCGGUGCAGAUUGGAGGGUGGGAUCGCGCCCAGCGAGAGCAGUUGGACUUGGCGGUUCAUAGUCCGGCCGAGCUGUAUACUUUGAUUUUGACCAUGGGGGUUUGGGUUGCGCGGCAGGAGGGGUGGGUGCAGUAGUCUUUUCUUUUUUUCUUUUUCUUUUUUUUCUUUUUCUUUUUUUUCUUUUUCUUUUUAUUUCUUUCUUUCUUUAUACUUU